AUGGUGUCAACAGACGAGGCCCCUGCACUGGAUCAGCCGCAGGGCAUCUCGGACGGCAACCAGAGGGAUGACCUCAUGCUUACAGAUUCCGCGCUAGUCCCAGAGGGCAGAAACAUGUUUCCCUCGAUGGAGGCGCCAGACCUCUGUGACUUCGAGGUCGUUCAGGCAGAGACACAAUUUACGGAAACAAACUCAGAAGGAGACCACAGAAGUUCAGUUCCCUCUCAAACCCCUCGGACCCUGGGUGACCCCGCUGCCGGCGACUCAGCUACCUUCCAGAAGUCAGGUCGCGGGUCUGACUUCUCAAGCAGCGUAGAUGGGCACAUCAAGGCAGCUUUUGGCGCCCAUAUGUCGAGUCGCAGCGGCAGUGGAACAAUAUCUCUGCUCAAAGACAAUAACCAUUCGGCUGCGACUAUGUGUGCACGCCUGGAAACGGGCACAGUACCAACAAGCACUGCUUCGGUUUCUUCCCACCGCAUCUGUGCCUACAACUACAGAGAUGAGACAUGCGAAAAGAUGUUUGAGGAAGAGAACACCACCUUUCAAUUCAGCGCGGGGCUUGGCGCUCGCAACGGUGGAGCUCAGGAUGUUCGAAGUAAUGAUUUCGGCGCCGAGUGCCAAGGCGUAUUCGGUCCACCCCAUGGAACUGACAACCUCCCUGCCGCUCCUGUGAAGCCCGGGGACGCAGGCUUGCUCGCUCAAAUGAACCAAACAGUGCAGAUGAUGCAGCAGCAGCUUGAAGAGCAAGCAUUUCAGAUGAAGCACUUGACUGCGCUGGUUAACGAAAUGUCGACCAAGUUGGACCUGAUUCACGACGGGUUGUCGCCAUCGGAAAGGCAGUCCUCCGUCAAUUCCUCUGUUUGUAGAUCUCGCGACGGGAGGCCAGAAACGACGAAUGUCGUUCGCGGCCGCAUCGUGCCGCCUCCACUCCCGAGAGAGCGAUCGCAAGAUGCGGCGGCGCCUACGGCGGGUUCAAGAUCAGCGCGCUACAACGCCGCCGACGCUCAGUACUCAGAUCGGUAUCUAGAUCAGCGUAACGCCAUUGCCGCUCAGCGUCAAGCAGAUGCGGAAGCCCUGGAAAGAAAGCGUCUAGAGGAGUUGCGGGAGAUGGAAAGAAGGAAGGAAGAAGAACGGAAGAGAAAGGAAGAAGAAGAAAGAAGAAAGCAAGAAGAAGCAGCCCGUCGCGCAGCAGAGGAACAGAGACGACGAGAGGAACUGGAUGCGAAACGGAAGAAUAUUAUGAGCAGUCUGAUAAGUGGGCAAGUUGCACGCAGUUCUCUGUUUGGCGACGACAGCGGGCCGACGACCAAAAACAGCUUAUUUGAUGAUUAA